GCCCUAAAGAGGAGGGAAGAGCGCGCGCGGGAGGGAGGACUGGCGAGCGGCUCCGGGGAGCGGCGACGAGCGGAGGCAGCCGGCGGCCGAGAGGAGGGAGCGGGCGCGGGCGCGGAGGGAGCGGCGCGGCGCGGGCGAGCCUGGGACCCGAGCGCGCGACUUUCCCCGCAAAGUGCCAACUUCGCCGGAGUGCCGGGCGCGCACCUCCUGGGGCGCGGUGGGGGGAAAGUCGGCGGGAAUUUGAGACUCGAGGGAAGAAAACCGGAUUGCCCCCGUCCCCUUUCUUCCCCCCGUGACGAAUCCCCAUUAAAAAAAAGCACACAGACAACAAGAAUAACAGCAAACUUGCUAUCACCCUGUCCGCCCUUCACUCCUGGCACCAUGAAGGCGGCCGUCGAUCUCAAGCCGACUCUCACCAUCAUCAAGACGGAAAAAGUGGAUCUGGAGCUUUUCCCCUCCCCGGAUAUGGAAUGUGCAGAUGUCCCACUACUAACCCCAAGCAGCAAAGAAAUGAUGUCUCAGGCAUUGAAAGCCACUUUCAGCGGUUUCUCCAAAGAGCAGCAAAGACUGGGGAUUCCAAAAGACCCCCGGCAGUGGACAGAGACCCACGUGCGGGACUGGGUGAUGUGGGCUGUGAACGAGUUCAGCCUGAAGGGCGUGGACUUCCAGAAGUUCUGCAUGAACGGAGCCGCGCUCUGUGCGCUGGGCAAAGACUGCUUCCUCGAGCUGGCCCCGGACUUCGUUGGGGACAUCUUGUGGGAACAUCUGGAGAUCCUGCAGAAAGAGGAUGUGAAGCCCUAUCAAGUGAAUGGAGUCAACCCCACUUACCCAGAAUCCCGUUAUACCUCGGACUACUUCAUUAGCUACGGUAUCGAGCAUGCUCAGUGUGUUCCUCCCUCGGAGUUCUCAGAGCCCAGCUUCAUCACAGAGUCCUACCAGACGCUCCAUCCCAUCAGCUCGGAGGAGCUCCUCUCCCUCAAGUAUGAGAACGACUACCCCUCGGUCAUUCUCCGGGACCCUCUGCAGACAGACACCUUGCAGACGGACUACUUUGCCAUCAAACAAGAAGUCGUCACGCCAGACAACAUGUGCAUGGGGAGGACCAGUCGUGGUAAACUCGGGGGCCAGGACUCUUUUGAGAGCAUAGAGAGCUACGAUAGUUGUGACCGCCUCACCCAGUCCUGGAGCAGCCAGUCAUCUUUCAACAGCCUGCAGCGCGUCCCCUCCUAUGACAGCUUCGACUCCGAGGACUAUCCAGCCGCCCUGCCCAACCACAAUCCCAAGGGCACCUUCAAGGACUAUGUGCGUGACCGUGCUGACCUCAACAAGGACAAGCCUGUCAUUCCUGCUGCUGCCCUGGCUGGCUACACAGGCAGUGGACCGAUCCAGCUGUGGCAGUUUCUUCUGGAAUUACUCACUGAUAAGUCCUGUCAGUCUUUUAUCAGCUGGACAGGAGAUGGCUGGGAAUUCAAGCUCUCUGACCCAGAUGAGGUGGCCAGGAGAUGGGGGAAAAGGAAAAACAAGCCCAAGAUGAAUUAUGAGAAACUGAGCCGUGGCCUCCGCUACUAUUAUGACAAAAACAUCAUCCACAAGACAGCGGGCAAGCGCUACGUGUACCGCUUUGUGUGUGACCUGCAGAGCCUCCUGGGAUACACGCCUGAGGAGCUCCACGCCAUGCUGGACGUCAAGCCGGACGCCGAUGAGUGACGGGCACCUGGGGGGCCAGGGAAACUCUGCUGAGACAUUUCAAAGACCCACGUUGGUCGGACUCUUCAUUUUCAAUUGUUAUUCUAUUUUUAAUUUUCCAGACUCCUUUUUUUUUUUUUUUUUUUUUUACAUUCAGGGGUGGGAGCUAAGUGAACUGCAGCUAUAGUCAAUUAUGCGUGGUUGGCAAAGGAGAGCCAGGACUGGCGGGGUGGGUGGGACAAGAAAUUCUUGAGCAAAUUUGUAGGAGAGAGAGAGAGAAAGGUCUCCUUAGAAGCUUGAAGAAUCUGGCUUGAGGGAGGAUGAGACACAUGUGUCUGAUCAUUUAUAAAAAUCAUCCAUGAAAAAAAAAAAGUGCCUCAAGUUAUGAACUUACUAGCAUAAGCAAUUGAGGCAUCAGGGGUCAUGAGAUGGAUGAAGGGCAAUUCGUUUGCUUCUAUUGUUAGUUCUGGGCGGGCAAAAAAGAGGGAGGUGGGGUAGGACAAUUUGUUUGGGGAGGGCGUGCCCAAAACCCAAGGACUAUUUACCUUUUACUCUACUUUUGAAACAAAGAUGGACUUCAGUGGGGAGGGACCAAAACUGUAUUUGUGUUGAAAUUUAUUUUAUUAAAUUUUGUGCCAGUA